CCUGUUCAGUCUCACACUCAGAGGGUCCCAGGUCACAUCUCAUCUUCUCUGCCACAGUAAGUAAAGGCUGUAAGAGAUAUUUUCAGCAGGCAAACCUUUGAUCAAACUGUUGUAUCACUUUGAUUUAAACUUCAAUAUCCCUGCACUCUUGCUCACUGCAAGCUUUAUGGAGUGUUGGUAUGAUUGCUCGGUAGAUUUUAUUUAAAUUAUCAACAGCUAUUGACCCAAAUAUGACUCAGCAUCCAUUACUGUAAAUAUGUGUAUUUGUCUGAUCAGAGAAAUCUUUGUUUUUCCUCAUUGUUCCCUCCUCAUUGUGAGCCUCCUUCUGCUCAUCCUCCUCAUUUUCUCCUCCCUUCUUCUUCCUCACAGAUGCCGACUCUCUAUUCUUUAGCUUUGACUUUUAUGUGCAGCCUCUCUGUCCUCUCUGCUGUGCUUUCCAUGCAGUGCAAGAAGUUCCAAUAUCCCUGGCCGAGGAAUAAUCAUGAGCUUUGCUGUGAUGGGUGUCCACCAGGUAGAGUGACUUGAUUUUCUCUUGUUGAGGUUUUCAUAAGUGAAAGACACUUAAACUGUUAGUGUGUAUUCCAGGCAAACGUAUGAUUCAGCGUUCUCAAACUACCUGUGAGAUUCAGUGUGUUACCUGUGCGGAUGGCCAAUACAGAGACACGCCCAAUGCAGAGUUGACCUGCAAGUGGUGUAGGCGAUGCCGGGAGUGUGAGUAAUUUUAUUGCUUUUAUUCUAAGAUGAGUGAUGAGUUAAGUGUGUUUGAGACCUUAAUGGUCAAUAGAGAUAUUACCUUGAUGUCAUAGGUUGCUGCUGCUGGUUCUUGCUUAUGCUCUCUGAUAAUCCAUACGUCGUCAGAAAAUAGUCGCAUACUAAGAUGGCAAGUAGACAAACAUGCUAAUUACACUUACAAAAGCAAUAAGGAUGGCAUGUAAAUACUGUGAAGCUCCUGUUUGUGGUUCUCGACUUGAUAUGUAAGUGUGUGUGUGUGUGUGUGUGUGUGUGUGUGUGUGUGUUUGUCAUUGUAUUCUUUUGAGGACCAAACCCUGAUGGACAAUUUUUCUUCAGGGGACAUUGUUGCUUGUGAGGACAUUUGACUGAAUUCUGAUAAAAAAAAUGCUUGGCUGAGCUUCUUAUGGACCUCAUUAUUGUUUUGUAUUGUGAAGAGACACUCCAACUUACUAUGAUGCAUGUUGUUAUUCUUUUGUACCACUCUUGCUUCUUGCUUCAUUGGCAAUAAUAAGCUACUUAAAACUGACAAAAUGUUGUCUGCUUAAAGUAUUGAGACAUGUAUCUGUGUGUGUGUGUGUGUGUGUGUGUGUGUGUGAUCCACUUUUGAAGCAUUGAUGUUGAUAUGAGUCAUCUCUUAGUUCUAACCGGCAAACAUAAGCUCAAAAAGAAAUCUGAUUUCUCUUGGCUGUUACUCAACUCUGCCAGUAGAUCAAAAUUUAAGAGACGUUUACCCACAAGAACAUAAGGUCACACACAUAAAGGGGAUCUCCCAUUUAGUGUGUCAGGGUGGGACACAGUCAGAGAGAGACUACAAGGAGGGGGGAGUCUGAGAAACCCUCCAUAAACGACCUCAGGGUGGGAUUCAUGAUUACAUGGUUAUAGCCGCAGCAUCAAAGGCAAAGCUAACCAAGAGUGCCACAGACAGUAGGAGGUGCACAAAGUAGACUGUCGUCGUGUCAGUGGAAACAAAAGAAAAACACUGAAAAGUGGUAAACAUCGGAAAGAGCAGCAGAUGAAAAUAUCAUAUCUUAUGUCAUCACUCAGGUCUGAGCAGAGCAACAGGUGAGCAGAAACAGUCUGUUUUGCUUACAUUUAAAUGUCACUGUGGAAACCAUAGACAACAGAAAACAGUAUGGCUCACUUCAUACAAAUGUGUUGUGCUAUGCAGAAAGACACAAAAAGCACAUGCUUUGGUUUUAACCUAAAUGUUUUAUACCUUUAGCAGUGAGUGGAGGACCUGACCCCCAGGUGUGCUAGAGUGGGGUCACAGAAUGGGCCAAAUAUAAAUAUCAAGAGCAAGAGUUUAAUUUUCACUGUCAUUGUUCCUGUUAAAUACUUUUAGGGAGAUAACUGUUCAUGACAGAGGGAAAAGCAAAUGAACUGAACAAAUGAAUGAAUAACAAGAGAAAAACUGAAUGAUGGGCUCACUAUUGCUGCCUUAAAUAUCAGAAGAUAUAAAGGAUUGUUUCACAAAUGAAUCAAUAACAAGAUGAUCGAUUUUAAAGGAAUUUUACAAGGGACCCCUGUUGAUGGGGAUCCUUGGGAAAGUUUAGAAAACCCUAUGUUAGCACAUUCUAUCUAGUGUUACAGUACAGCUCUCCUCUACAUCUUCAUUGUAACAGAAUUUGCAUAAGACGUAUCUGAAAAUAUCUUGAAUCUAUUCAAAGAAACUGUCUUUCGUCACUUUUGGAGGUUUGGGCAGGAUAACAGCAGAUAAGUUAAAUGUCAAAAUCUUUUUUUUUUUUUUUUCUUGAAGAGGUUACAUAUCAAUACAUGUCACUGGAAAGUAAUUUCAGUGGAAAUGAUUCAACCCACACAGAAGUUUCACUGGCUGCUCCAAAAGUUCAACAGUAUCUAGAUAAAGAAUAUUUAAUCACAUUUAGGGUUAGUGAAGGUGUUAACACUUAGCUAGAAUUCAGAUAUGAGCAUCAAGAGCAGCACAAUGACAUGUAAGUUAAACUUUUUCUCAACAGAGUAAUUCAGUUUCCCAAACCACUUUGAUGAGCACUCAGAUAAUAAUCACUUGUACUGUGGGAAGAAGGCGGAUGUGUUGUGUCCGCAGUAAGUACUAAAAUAAACUGGCUGUCUUCUGUGGGUAGAACACUUACUAUUGACAAGUACUUCAUACAGUGCCACUUAGAAAAAAAAGAACAGUCAUUUUAAGCAAUCCCCGCCAACUUCAAAAUCUAUGGGUGCAGUGCAGCUCAUUUUUGAGUUGUCUGUUUCACAAUAUAACCGUCUAACAUUCUGUGACCAGACUUUCUACUUGACAUGCCCAGUUUGAGUCAUUUUUCUUUCUCUUAUCAUCUAUGUGUCUUAUGUAUACGACAACUGUACAUCUUAUAUGGGUACCGCUUACACAUAACAUUCUCAAAUUUAUGAUUUCUCUUAAUCUCCGGUUGUUUCUUUUUUGUAUUUUUUACAGCAAACAUGGAGGAAAAGUCACGUUGUAACAGCACUCAUAACGCUGUGUGCACAUGUAAAGUUGGAUACAGAUGCAUAGACCAACCCUGCAGCAAAUGUGUGAAGAUACCAACCACUGUUGCCAUGACACCCCCUCUAUCUACCCUCAUCACUACCAUCGGCGACAAACUCCCUCCAACCUCUACCACCACCACCGACCGCCAGCCUCUUCAUAAAGGUAGGAUAUACUACUGCUUCUACACACGUUGACUUAUGUCACCAAGGUUCUGUUUUCUUUGGUGCAAAGGGAUGUGGUCAAGGGUGUAUUUGCACUACUUUGAAUGGUUAGAAUAUAAAUAUCCUGCAAAGGAACUGAAUAGCUGACCUCAUGAAAACAACAAAAAAGUAUUAGGUUGAAGCGAGAAGAGUUGCAGCUGCAAAAAGUUAAGAUUCAUACAUUUUGCAUUCUUGGACAAAUACAACAUUACAUGAUAUAAUAGUAAGGUAACAAAAAUCAAACUGUUGUGCAAAAGAACAACCAGAGGCAGAAUUUGAAGCAGAAUGGCUCUGACCACGUAAUCACCAGCGUCUUGUUUUCAGAUGCACUCGCCAAGAGUUUUACUUUUACAGUGGCUCAAAUGACUAAAUGGCUAUUUUGCUGCAAGUUUUUCAGAAAAGGUCAGACACAUAAGGUGAACUGUUCUGAGUCUUGUGUGAUUAAUCAGACUCUCUGACCAACUUUGUUGAAAGGGUUUCAGAGUAAUCUUGAUGACAAAUCCGAUUAAUGACCUGUUUCAUACUUCCAAUUAACUCUAAGAUUUGUCAGCAACAAGCUGGUAACGUUUUUAUUUAUGUACUUUAGCCCUGAAACUUGCUGUCCUCACCACACUCAUUCUUUGCAUUCCCAAAGAAAGCAUAUUUGAUAUAAGAUUAUGGUGAAUUCUUCUUUUUUUGUCAGUGGAUAUUCAGUCUCUUGCACUUUCUUACAGAUACAGUGUGGUUACUGGUGAUAGUUUUCCUCCUGAGUGCUGUAGUUGGAUUUGUUGUUCUGGCAAAGACCUACUCUUUUCAGCGCUGGGUCAGAUACAAGCUUGGUAAGCAAAUUUACAUGCUGAAUUUACUGCUAUUUCAUUUUAAAUUGACUUUAAAUGGAUAUGAUGAAGCAGCAAUAUUGAAACACGUGCAUUUUUUAUUAUCUCAAUCUAUUUUCUCUCAAUAUUUACUGAUUCCUAAAUUUAGACAUCUUCUCUUUUUUGCUUAGGGUACUUGACAGAAAAACUUGCUCCUGUUCCAACAAGCUCCGAGGAGGGGGAAGUAUCAAAGCCGAUCCAGGAAGUGUGCGGAAAAUGUGAUCCUUGAAUUAAUGACGAGAGUUUUUGAGGAUAUUUAAUUCAGGACUGAUGGACUUUUCUGACCGGAAAAAAGGACUACAUGACAUCUGCAACGUUGGGAAGAUGAAAAGGAAUAAAGUAAAGCGAGUGACUCAGUGCAGCAUGUCGGUGACAUGUUGUGCAAGUUUGCACUAAAAGUGAAAAAACUCAAUGUUCAGUUCGCACAGAUCAAAAUGAACUAGUUCAUGUUCAUUUUGUUUCAGCUGAAAUUACGUUACCCAUCAUCGGAACCUCCUAAACUUCAAUUCCCAAUCAACAACAUUUCCUUAACUAAAAGGAUAAUCAAACACUGCUGUAGAAAAAAAGACAUAUAUUCAGUUUGAAAACCCCAAAAAUCCAUUCAGUGUUUUACAAAUUAAAAAGGAUAAUCUGCAGUUUUCAAUACUUACAAAGAAUUGGCAUCUGUUUGAAGAAAAUUUUGUGAAAGGUUCCAACUUUUUACCCAAAUACACGGAAAAAUCUGCCUCGUAACCAGUAAUGUGGGAGAGAUGGUUUUCACAUCCUCUAUGAGUAAAUGAGAUGAGGGUAAAAAACACUGAACAAACAAACACAAAAGUGAAUUAUUCUCUUAAAAAGUAGAACCUCUCUAAAAAUGUACAUAAUUUAGCCCGAUUUGUUGUAAACUCAGGGCUGGCUUCAUCGCCAAGUAAACCUGCUAACAAGUGGAUGUGAGAAGCACCAGGUGCAGCAGACUUUGGCUGCUAUAACACACAGAACACAUUCAGUAACUCUCCACAACUCCUGAGUCCUCUAAGAAACCUCCUGGACAGUGAGCUGCCCUUCACUAUAAGCGGUCACACAAUGAGCUGUUGAGUUUAAUCAAAAUAUUAGCGUAUUCAUGCACAACACUGAAUGAUGAUAUGUACUGUGGUACAAGAGGUUUCAGGUAUUUAACUAUUUGACAUUUAUGUGUGUUUAUGUAAAUAGACUUUCUACAUCCCAUAUGUAAAUCUUUUUAACUUGCAAAAAUUAGAUUUUUUUUUGUUUAAAUUAAAAUCUCAUUCAUCUCAAUUCAUGCAAAAAAAUUGAACACAAUGAAUGCUGAGCAGUGAUCUUAUUAAAGAGUAUUUACAUGGCAUUUUAAGUUAUAGCAAGGAAAAGAAAUCCCCAUCCAGCAGGUCCUCCAACAGUUAAAGUUUCUUAUGUGCGCUCACUACACAUAUUUUUGUUCACCUGUAUAUAGAAAUGUCUCUGUGAAACUGAGGCUCGUGGUUUACCUGAGGAAGAUUAAUCUGACUGACUCCCAUCCUUGGAUUCAAAGCUUCUUCUUCUACAAGUCCUAGAAUCAGGUUGUAAGCCAGCAGACACGACAGCAAAGGUGCAAUACUUUUUUUUUUUUUUUUAACUUCAUAGGACCUCCUCUUUGGACACAUGACAGUCUUUUCCUUGCUCUUGAGAGGGGAGGAACAUGCUGUCCAUCUCUACGCUUCUCUCCUCUUCAGAGAGAUGAAUACUGGAACAGGAUGUGGGAUGAAAGACGGGACUGUCUCUUGCGUCCUCUUCCUGGCUGCACUUUCUCCCAACUGUUUUCACACCUUCAACUGUUGGACCAACUUGGCCUGUAAACUGAUUGAGCAGGCUGAAGAUGACCGUCCCUGGGUUGUGGACGUGGACUGGCCCUAUAAAGACAACAAAAGUCGAAGAGUGUGACUAAAGAAGCAGUUUUAUUGACCUUUUCUCAGAGAAGGACAGUGAAGUUCAUCUUAUACUCAUUACAGAAACACAACUCUUUCUGUAUCAUUUUUCAUUUUUAACCAUAUAAAGUGAGUCAAGUCUCAUUUUACUCAGUAGUACCCAAAUUGGCUGCUGAUAGAGAUGAUAGCUGCUGCUUUGCACUGAAUGAGCCCCUGGGGAACUGAUGAGUCAGCUCCUUUGGCUUGUGAGAAGCGUUUCUUCCUCCCUAAAACAGAAAACAUUCAUCAGUUCCACGUGAACCACAGAGAAACGAUCCUGUAUAUAAAAGUUCAUGAUAGAAUGAGGGCUUAAAGUAAGCCGUUUACCUCAUUGUAGAGCUUUGACAUGGCUGGGAAAAUGUAAAUAAACAAAUGAGUAACAGAAAUUCAGUUUCUUGUCAUAUGUGAACAUGAUGAAUCAACAUGUGUAUGACUUUGAAAACAGUUACCAUCUAUUAUGUACCUGCAGAACUCAUGACACAUUUCUCAUCAGUCAUUUCAAAAAGGCUUUCAGUUGUUUCCCACUAACCAUGUGAUCAACUUUUUACAUGUGAAAACCAUAGACUGUAUGUACUAUGGACAACUUGGUUCUGCAUACCGCCUGUAUACGGAUUUGAAGCCAAAAAGCUCUCGGUAUUUCCGGGAUUUUUCUUCAUUUCCUGAAACCAGCGCUGCGCAGUAGCGAUGUGCGCAUUCGGCCGCGCAGUCGCAGAGAGUCACUGUGAUGAUGCUCGGCUCAAACAGCGUAUCCCCCGGGAGAGCUACGCAAUCCCUACAUAGGCUGUAUCAAGUGUCAAUCAUAGCCAACAUGAACCCCCUAAUAACUUUUAAAAACUGAGCUUCACAGAAAAAAGAGGACUUGAGCACAAACCAGUCAUACAGUAACUACAUGUCAACAUCACAAGCAGGGGGGAGAAAAAAUUAUGUUCUGUGUAAUAAAUUUCUAAAGUUUGUCCACAGCUCCAUAAGCUUUGCUGGUGGAGGCGGGAUUUAGGACCUAUGCUGCAGCCUGUCAACAGAGGGUGCUGUUCUCGGAGUGGCUUCACCCAGCGAGGAGGCAGACUCUAUCCAUUCUACAUACAGUCUAUGGUGAAAACUGACCAUGUCUAAUAAAUUCAACCUCACCUUUCUUGAAACAAGAUUCAUCUCUAUGACGACAAUCAAAGAGCAAGAUCACAAAGAUCACGAAUCCCAUGAUGACAACUGGACACAAGAUGGCGGCCAGGUGGCUGUUUGUCUUGUCUAAGAAGAAAACAAGAAAAUCAGUCAAUAGCAGCAGCUCUGAGGCAGCGUCUUAACUAAAUGCUAACAUUGCAAAAGACACAAAUUCUAGCAUGCUUGAGUGAAGUAGGUAAUAACUAUGAGGUUUAAUCACAUUUCAUGGCCACCUGUACAGAGCUUGUUGAGACAUUUCAGUCUGACAUUGACAUUUCUAAAUCUAAAGUAGUUUUGAGACUUUCAGUGAAUCAUUGCCUCCCCUUUAUGAUAAUCAAAUGAGUAUUGCUCACCCCUCACAUACUCCUCUUUUUCAUACACACUCACCUGUUUGGAGACGUGUGCCAUUGCCUUGAUGUGUGACUGCUGGAGAGCCACAGCUGAGUAACAACAAAAAAAAAAGGGGUGUUAUAUCUCCAGCAUCUCAACUGUUCUUCUCAUUAAACAAGAUCAAUCUGCAAUGCAUGUAUCACAUUUACCAAAUGCUAAAAUGAUCUCUUAUGUAUCUGAUCAUAUUUAAAGUCAAGCUCUUUGAAAUUGAGUCAGCCUAUUGAUAUAAAACCUCACUGUGUGAACUGCAUCUACUGUUAUCCGUGACUCACUUGGGAAAUCUGCAGGAUUUGGCAGGAGUGCUGCUAUGUCCUGAGGAAGCUGGGGAAGGCGUGUGUUUAUCUCUGGUUGAAAUGAUUGCUGCUGCCUCUGAGGAGCAAGGACAAAUUCAAAGCAAAGUAAGUGAAAGUACCUACGAGGAAAAGAGAAACAGGAACCUGAAGAGGAGACACUUUUCAUGUUUGUUUUUUCCUGCUGGCAGGUAAUCUCUAACCACGUCUCACUUUAAGACAACAUUGACUGACUGUUUAGAUUGUUUUUGUUCUGCUUUUAGGCUUUGGGACUUUGUACUUGCUCUUCUACUUUAUUUUAUUCAAUGGUAAGGAUUUAUUUUCUCAUCAGAUGAAGAGAUGUAGCUGACAUAUGUAGUAGUUACUAAACAAAUCUGUCAACAGUCCAGGGGUGAAGGCGCCGACUUAGGCUAGUAUACAUCCGUUCAAAGACCUUUGCUCCAUCUCACAACUCUCUCCCCUCAUUUCCUGUCCUCUCUUUACUGUCAACUACUAAGAAAAGGCACACAAUGUCCUGCAGAGCAAACACAAAUAUCUUUAGCACCAUCUUAAUACUGGCUGUACAUGUUUCACAGUUUAUGAAGGGGUAUAAUUCAACCUCCUGUCUCCCAUUUCUCUGUUUCUCUUCUAGAGAGUUUUACUUUUAAUAUGUGAGUGUGUUUCCCCUCUAAUACUUUGUGCAGACUAUAAAGCUGGGCUGUUGAUGGUAACUGACUGCAGAUAGUCAAAUCUGAGUGUGUAUAUUUAUCCUGUUUUUGGUCAAAAAUAUUUAAUUAGACUUAAUUUAAGCCAUAUUUGCAUGACAGUCCCGCAAAGGCAUAUAAAAACAGGAGCAUCUCUCUGGUAAAAUAUAAGGCAUCUCCCAGAUACAGUUUAGUUAAACAGUUAACUGUAACACAUUAUUCUAAUGGUGACAAAUAACUUUCCUCACUGCAUUAACAGGUACGUUUACCCAUUACAAGCAACUCUGGCCUUUCAAUAAGAUUUUUAUCUGAGCCGCUGAAUGUGGCUUAAGUCUGAUGAGAAGUUUCAUCAAAAAAUAAGACAAAUAAAGUUGCUAAAAUGUGAGUUUUCACAGCAUGUCUAUGGUAUUCUUACUAUAUAAAGUAUCUGAGUAUUUUCACAGCACAGUUAACAAAGAGGGGAGGUCCCACACCUCA